UUGAUUAUGGGUUUGUAGAAACCAAGUCAGAAAAACACUACCCAACUGCAUUUGGAUUGUGUAAGUAGUUAAAAUGCCUAAAAUAGAGUUAUCUGUUGUGGCCAGAAAUGUGGCCAAGGGAAGAUGGUUUGUGAUAUUUAUCUGUUUUAUUAUCAUGUCUUUUGCUGGGGGGCAUUACAUAUUUGGUAUAUAUUCUGAAGCAAUAAAAACAACCCUAGGUUAUGAUCAGGAAACUCUGACCACAUUAGGGUUUUAUAAGGAUCUUGGAGGGAAUAUUGGGAUUGUGUCUGGCCUGAUAAAUGAAGUCUCACCACCCUGGGUUGUUCUUGGGAUUGGAGCCCUAAUGAACGUCACUGGUUAUUUGAUGAUCUGGUUGUCUGUCACCCAACGCAUUGCUAAGCCAAAGACAUGGCAGAUGUAUUUGUAUAUGUGCAUAGGAGCCAAUUCCCAUACAUUUGCCAAUACUGGAGCUCUUGUUACCUGUGUGAAGAAUUUCCCACAGAGCAGAGGAAGUGUUCUUGGAAUUCUCAAGGGAUUCUUGGGGCUGAGUGGAGCUAUCUUCACUCAAAUAUACCAUGCAGUUUAUGGCCAGGAUGAUAAAGGCAUAAUCCUGCUUCUGGCUGUGCUUCCAUCUGCUGUAUCUUUGCUUCUCAUGUUUAUAGUGCGACCCACAAAAACUGUCACAGAGAAGAAUGAACUGAAGCGCUUCUAUAGUUUUCUCUACAUAGCUCUAGUCCUAGCUGUCUUUCUCAUGGUCAUGAUUGUGGUUGAGAAUAGAGUGAAAUCUUUCCCUCAGGAAGGCUACCAAGCUGUUGCUGCUUUAGCCAUACUUUUUCUCUUCUCUAAUCUUGCAGUUGUUGUCCAAGCAGAGAUGGACAACAUGAGAAGUUGGGUUUCUGAAAACUCUCACAAAGAUGUAAAAAUCAAUAUACAAGAGACAAAAGAGACUGAACUUGCAGACAUGGUGACCAAUUACAGAGUUGAAGAGAAGCCCAAAUCUGUGAUAUCCCACCUUGUAAAAAUCUUCAAAGGCCCACCAAGAGGAAAUGACUUCACCAUUCCACAAGCCCUAGUAAGUAUAGACAUGAUAAUCCUUUUCUCAGCUGCAACUUGUGGGAUAGGAGCAAGUUUAACAGCCAUUGACAACAUGGGUCAGAUUGGCAGAGCACUGAGAUACACCCCUGUUAAUAUCAGCACCUUUGUUUCCCUCAUCAGCAUUUGGAGUUUCUUUGGCCGGGUGUUUGCUGGAUUUCUCUCUGAGUUUCUCUUGCACAAAUAUAAGUUUCCAAGACCUCUCAUGUUAACAAUAGUGCUACUCAUAGGCUGUAUUGGGCAUGUUUUUAUAGCUUUUGCUCUUCCUGCUUCAAUGUAUGUAGCUUCCAUAGCUAUAGGAUUCUCCUUUGGAGCUCAAUGGCCUCUCUUGCUUGCUAUUAUCUCAGAGCUCUUUGGCCUAAAGUAUUAUGCCACCCUUUACAAUUUUGGAGCUGCUGCAAGCCCACUGGGAUCCUAUCUUCUCUCAGUGAAGGUAGCUGGAAAACUAUAUGAUAAAGAAGCCAGAAAACAGUAUUUGUCUGCACAAUUGUUGCAGACAGUUCAUGCAUCCUCAUCAUCUCAUCAUAAAUUGACUUGCAUAGGACACGAAUGCUUUCGCCUCAGUUUUAUCAUAAUGACGUUAGUUACCUUAUUUGGGGCUCUCAUAUCAGGAAUUCUUGUUUUUAGAACAAGGAAGUUUUAUACGAGUGAUAUCUAUGCUAAGUUUCGAGUUGAAACUGAAAAGUCCGAGGAAGAUGAUAAUUGUAGUUAAUUAGGGUUAACUGUAAGAGGUGGUAUAUAUAUUACAAAAAAACCCAUCACUGUUAGCAAAAGCAUCUACUGGUGCAACUUGAUGACAGAUAAGUACCAAUAUUUACAGGGAAUUUAUUAUCACCUUCUCCACUGUCCCCCAUGAUCUCAGUAUCAUAGGUAGUAUCUUUUUGCAGAAGUGUGCAGUCUAGUAAACAUAUAUUUGUGAUGUGUAGUAUGUAUCUUUGAAGACGAUAUGGUUGGUUUUAUAUGUAACCCAGUUUCUAUUUAAUGUGGGUGGUGGGUUCUAUGUAAGGUUGUUAAUAAUACCUAUUAUAUUUUGAGAAAAAUGUGGCAUGUAAUGGUAUGUGUGAGUCUAAUACACUUAGUGAGUAUAUCAUCAUCUCAAUGUAAAAAAUUUGUGGAGAGUUUAUAUUAUAUAAUUUUUUAA